UGUGUUAUUUGUGUUACAAAAUUGAUUCUCAAGAAAUAAAUAAGAAAUUAAGAUCUAAGAGUUUAUUGAUGGGUAAAAUGUUAUUGCUUUAAAAUUUAAAAUUUAAAACCUUAAAUUAAUUAAUAUUUUUAUAAAAAUAAUUGUAAAGUUGCAUUCAGCAUAAUACACUUUAUUCAAAAUGUAAAAAGUAAUACGACAAUUAGUACUGGCUUAAAAAUAUGGUGAAGUCAAUAAAUUCUAAUCGAUUAUAAACACAAUAGCAUAGUAACCAAAUAAUUGUAUGAAAUUACAUGUUAAAUAACUUAUUUAAUAAUUAAAACAGACCGACGAUACAAAAGCGGACAAAUGGAGAAUAAAUCUUGCAAGUGCGAUGUAUGCGACAAGUCGUUCCCUCAAAGUGGCCAUUUGAUGACACAUCGUCCAACACACACUGGCGAAAAACCGUACGCCUGCGAUGUAUGUGACAAGUCGUUCUCUCGAAGUGGCAAUUUGAUAACACAUCAACGAACACACACUGGUGAAAAACCGUACGCCUGCGAUGUAUGUGACAAGUCGUUUUCACAAAGUGGCAAUUUGAUAACACAUCGACGCACACACACUGGUGAAAAACCGUACGCAUGCGAUGUAUGCGACAAGUCGUUCUCUGAAAGUGGCCAUUUGAUAACACAUCGACGAACACACACUAGUGAAAAACCGUACACCUGCGAUGUAUGUGACAAGUCGUUCUCUGAAAGUAACAGUUUGACAAAACACCAACGCACACACCCCAGUGAAAAAGCGACAAUAUUAUCCAAAAGCCAUAUUGAAAUAGGUUAAAUCAUGUUAACAUAUCAUUUUGUAGCACUGUUUAUGUGUACAAUUUUGUGAUAUAAAUUGUUGUUUCUUGUUACGAAAUUGCUAAU